AUGGUUAUCAGACCUCAAGACAACUGGAACAUAAUAGUAGCAAGUCUUGAAGCCUGUCUUAAUGACAUCAGUGCUUGGAUGAACUCAAAUACGCUCAAGCUCAAUCAGGAAAAGACGGAACUGAUCGUCUUUUCCCACAAGUAUCAACACACUAAAGGUCUCCAGUUAAAGGUCGGUGCCCAAACUUUUGAGGCCGUCCAAGCUGUGAGAAACCUUGGUGUACACUUUGAUAGCUCUCUGAACAUGGAGAAACAGAUAAACUCAAUUGCCAGUUCCUGUUAUCACCAAAUCAGAAACAUUGGGGGUAUCCGUCAGUUCAUCACCACAGAUGCAUGCAAGACAUUGGUACAUUCUCUUGUUACUUCUAGGUUAGACUAUGGUAACGCGUUACUCGUUGGUGUAUCUGAUACACUAAUGAGCCGCCUGCAGAGGGUACAGAACACCGCAGCACGCUUAGUUACCCGUACUCGAAAGAGGGACCACAUUACACCAGUCCUUUACUUAUUGCAUUGGCUGCCCGUGCGAUUCCGGUCACAGUACAAGAUUUUGAUGUAUACAUACAAGGCAAUAAAUGGAACAGCUCCUGAAUAUUUGCAGGAACUUGUCACCGUUUAUCGGCCGUCACGAUCACUACGAUCGGAGACAGAAUCCUUGUUGUGCGUUCCGAACUCUCGGACUGUGACUUAUGGUAACCGAUGCUUUGGAAAGUUGUUGGUGUAA